UGUUCUCCUGAUCACUCUGAUAUUGGUGCAUCUGUUCCAGCUCUGACAGUAGAUACAGAGUUUUUCUGUUCUAUAGAUGCCAAAUGUUUUACACAGAACACAAAACCUAUUACCGCACACACAGGUAAGGCAGGUGAGAGGCCACUGAAAUGUUCAGAGUGUGGGAAAUGUUUUACAUACAAAUCACAACUUGUUAUACAUCAGAGAAGUCACACAGGUGAGAGGCCAUUUUCUUGCUCUGAGUGUGGGAAAUGUUUUAUCCUGAAAUCACAACUUGUUACACAUCAGAGAGGUCACACAGGUGAGAGGCCAUUUCCAUGUUCUGAGUGUGGGAAAUGUUUUGUAUGCAAAUCAGAUCUUAUUCUACAUUACAGAAGUCACACAGGUGAGAAGCCAUUUUCUUGCACUGAAUGCGGGAAAUGUUUUGCACAAAAAUCACCUCUUGUUACACAUCAGCGAAGUCACACAGGUGAGAAGCCAUUUUCUUGCUCUGAGUGUGGGAAAUGUUUUAUCCAGAAAUCACAACUUGUUAAACAUCAGAGAAGUCACACAGGUGAGAAGCCAUUAGCAUGUUCUGAGUGUGGGAAAUGUUUUGCAUGCAAAUCAGAUCUUGUUCUACAUCAGAGAAGUCACACAGGUGAGAAGCCAUUUUCUUGCACUGAAUGCGGGAAAUGUUUUGCACAGAAAUCAUCUCUUGUUCUACAUCAGCGAACUCACACAGGUGAGAAGCCAUUUUCUUGCUCUGAGUGCGGGAAAUGUUUUAUACGGAAAUCACAACUUGUUCCACAUCAGAGAAGUCACACAGGUGAGAGGCCAUUUCCAUGUUCUGAGUGUGUGAAAAGUUUUGCACACAAAUCAGCUCUUGUUACACAUCGGCGAAGUCACACAGGUGCGAAGCCAUUUUCUUGCUCUGAGGGCGGGAAAUGUUUAGAAUUCACAACUUGUCACACAGGUGAGAAGCCAUUUCCUUGUUCUGAGAAAUAAAUCAGCUCUUGUUGCACGCAAUAGACAUCACUCAGGUGAGAAACCAUUUUAGUCUUCUGGAGUAUACUAAUUGCCAUGCAUUCAAGGUUCUUCUCCUAUCUCCUAUGCUUUUUGCAAUAUACAUGCUACCACUGCUAUGUCGAUGACCUGUCUCUUGCUCCGGGUACUGAGAACCCACUACCAAUCCUAAAUGGUUGUCUAGCUGAGCUCCAUCUGUGGGUGAUGCCAGUUGGCUGUGACUCAGUCCUGGUGAAACAGGUCUUUAUGGUAGAAGCUCACCAACAAACGGCAGGGCUACAGCUCAGCUUUGUUACCAACCAUACUUAAACUUGAGCGUUCAGAGUUACAAAAUGCUGAUCCUUUGUGGAAUCUUGGUGUCCUGGUUAGUGGAGUGACACUUAGACAUCAGUAUCUGCCAAAAUCAGAUCCUCAUCUGAGGAACAUAGCCAGACUCCAGCACUUAUUUCCCUCAGAAGAUCUACCUACAGUCAUACAUGUACUUGUAUCAUCACACAUAGACUACUGCAAUGUCCUCUACCUGGGUCUCCCAGCAAUAGAAUUGCACCGCUUGUAGCUUGUACAGAAUGCAGCAGCCAGGCUGUUACCUAACCAGCCCGUUCCUGCCACAUAACACCCAUUCUCUGCUCCCUCCACCGGCUGCCUGUAAGAUGGUGACUCUGGGCCUAAUUCAGGUUGGAUUGCAGUGUGUGAUCCAAACAGAAUCAUUGAGAAAAAGUUGCGGACGCAGAAAAUGUGAUUGGUUCUUGUUAAUCAGGCAGAGGCGGUCCAGGGUAAGGCGGCAAUGCUCCAUUUCCAUGGAGAAGAUGGAUCAUUGCAAGUGCAGUGUGGCGCAAACAGGUGUGAUUACGGUGGCUGCAUGACAUCACAAUCGAGAAGAACGCAGUGGGGAUCCUGCGGGCCGCAGAAGGAUAGUUCAGUAGUUUCUAAAAUGAAGAAGAAAUUGUGAAGUGAUCGCAAUUUCUGCAUCAAGGGGGAGGCGCCGUUCAGCAUACUGGACGGCCUUGCCCUGCGAUAGACGGCCUCCAGUCUGCUAGAAAAAGGAUUGCUAAUUAGCAGCAUCUGCCUCCUUACUGACUUACUGUAGGCCCCUAUUACACAAUCUUACUGACUCUCCCAGCCCUACAUGACCAGGGUCCAUGUACCAGAAGCAGCUUCUGCCUCCUUACUGACUUACUGUAGGGUCCUAUUACAGAAUCUUACUGACUCUCCCAGCCCUACAUGACCAGGGUCCAUGUACCAGAAGCAGCUUCUGCCUCCUUACUGACUUACUGUAGGCCCCUAUUACACAAUCUUACUGACUCU